AUGGGGCUCUCCGACUCCGACAAGUGCUCCGCUGGCGGCUCCCCCACCCUCGCCUUUGAGACGCUCACAGCUCUCGAUGCCUCCAGUGGGCUCACAGGGGAUAGUGACCCGGUAGGGUACCCGGUGCAGGCGUUUGAGCGAGCGCAGUUCAAGGGGUAUGUGGGGCUCAUGCUGGCAGUGCAGCGGCAGCCAGUGGUGGUUCACAUCGAGGCGUCUCCAACCUUCAUGCUCUAUGAUGGGACAUUCAAGUACCAGGAUCCUGGUUGCUACACGGGCAAUCUCAACCACGUUGUACUCGUUAUUGGCUACUUCAUCACAAGAAACGAUGGCAGCCAGAACCGCAUUGCUCCUCCGUUUUGGAUCAUCCGCAACUCGUGGGGAGAAGAGUGGGGGAAGAGGGGCCACAUGCGCAUGGACAUUCAGGGAGGGGAUGGCGUGUGUGGCAUCAACGUGCUGCCUGGCAUCUACCCCAUCGUCAAGAUUCCUGGCGACCCCUGCGGCCAGAGCAGCUACAAGGGCGAUGGGGAUUUGCAGCCCAGCAUGAACCCGUGCGGUCGCUUCCAGUGCCAGGGGACUGCAGCAACCACCAACAACUGCACCUGCAAUAUUCCUGCUGCUCCUGUGCAGCCCUUUGUGGAGGUUGAGAAUAAAUACGGCUCCAAUACGUGUGCUUAUGUGGACGUGUGUGGGUCGUACUUCAAGAACCCCUGCUACGUGGGAGCAUGCAUCAACGAUGGCAAGGGCGCCUACUCCUGCAUCUGCCCUCCCAACCACGUUUCCAGCACAACUGUUGACGGCUUCCCCACCUGCGAUCCAACCAACACCACAGCCACCACAAUGACAGUCAGUGGAGACAACUGGUGGUGCUCCGAUGUUCAUCCCCUCGUCGGCCUCUCACUGACUGACUUCACAGACCAAAACAUUGUGGGUGAAGAGGGGGUGGGAGUUACGGGCCAUCAUCUGUCAUUCGGAUUGCUCGAAUAA